AAAGAUUAUUUGUUUUUAAUUAACUUUGGUUGGAUGUAUUUGGAAUCAACUGUAGGCAACUGUACUUUGUUCACAAUAGUGUGAAACAACUGGCCCAUAUAAUCAGCCUCUUAGGUCAACAUCAAGUCAUUGAAUGGGCUCUCCAUGGGAGAGAUCCUUUCAAGUCACCAAAAGGUUACACUAUCAUUGUCUCUCCAUGGGGUGUUAUUGUAUUGUUUCUAGCACAUUUGUUAACAGGUAUAAAGGUCUGGUCUCACAGACAGUACCUUGGGUUAAGAUUGUAUGAAGGAUGACAUGCUAACAUCACUGCUGAAGAACUGCUACACUGCUACCUUCAAUAAAUUCUUCUCCCCACAAGAACUUUGAUCAAGCUUACUUAUUUUAUGUAUUAGAGAAAUCUAGUACAUUGGCGAGCCACCCAAACUACUGCUCAGCCAGAUACAGCAAAAUCUAACAAUUUGGCGGAGCCAGCCAGGAGAGACUGACAAGAAGAGAACUCACCAAUUGCAACAAGAAGUGAACAAAAGAGUUUUGGAAAUUCUACAGUUUUUGUGUUGAAGAUCAACAGACCGCAUCUGUGGACAUAAGUUAUUUGAAUCAACUUGAUCCUUUCUCAAAGAUUCUAAUUUGGUGAGUGAAACUAUCAGCUCUCUAAAAGAACUUAAAAGAACACUUUUUCAUAAGUAAGCAGAUCAUUUGAUGUGUGUAGUGUAACCAUAAUAACCAGUGUAGCACUGUUUAAGAAAUGUUUGGCUUAGGCCUUUCUCUUGAGUCUGUAGGAACCUUUUAAAUGAUUUAGUUAAUUCUCAUGAGACUGUAGGAGCUAUAGAAAAAGUGUUUAUAGCUUGGUCCAGUCCUCUUGAGUCUAUAAGAAUCAUUCAAGAAAGAGGUUUAGUCCGUUCUCGUGAGACUGUAGGAGCCAUAGAUGUGUAAUUAUAGGCUUAAUCCUGUUCUCUGGAGUCUGUAGGAAUUGUUUAGGAAACAAUUUAGUCCGUUCAUAAAGAGAUUGUAGAAGCAGAGGCUUGGUCCGUUCUCUUUUUGUCUGUAGGAAUUGUGUGAAAGAAACAAUUUAGACCAGUAAUCAAGAGACUGUAGAAGCAAGGGCUUGGUACUUUCUGUUUGUAUCUGUAGGAAUUGUUUAAGAAACAGUUUAGUCCAGUAAUCAAGAGAUUGUAGAAGCAUAAGCUUGGUCCUUUCUCUUUAUGUCUGUAGGAAUUGUUUAGGAAACAAUUUAGUCUGUUCAUAAAGAGAUUGUACAAGCAGAGGCUUAGUCCGUUCUCUUUUUGUUUGUAGGAAUUGUGUAAAAAAACAAUUUAGUCCAUUUCUCCAGAGACUGUAGGAGUCAUAGAUAGAAUUGGGACUGAUGUUGCUGCAAGAAUUGGGAAUUCUUGACUGGGUGCUAAUUCAGUAGCCACUAAUGUAGAUUUAAAUUAAUGUUCAAACCGAAUUAGAAGAUGAUGGCAUAAAACCAUGAAACUAUAAGUUUGUUUGCCUUCCAUAAAAAUACAGAGAAAAAAAUAUAAUGUAAAUUGUCUAAGGGACAAAUUUGAAAAAGGCAUUCAGCCUUCUGAGCUAGAACUCAAUUCAGACAUUAAACAAGGAAAAUUAGCCUGAAUGUAAAUGUUUUGUUUUAAAUGGAAGAUUGAAAACUAAGCUGAGCUUUUAAACUAAUGAUUUGUCUGUGUAACUGAAAAUGGUCAGUCUAACAGACUGCUGUGAAUUUAAAUCUGAAUAAGUACCUUUAACAGUUCUAACACCUUUUGUUCUGUUUUCACACCUCUGAGGGCACUUUUCCUGUAUUCGCCAUGGCUGAGUCUGCACAAAACAAAGGCAAUAGUCAUGCAUUGAGGCCAACAACAGAAAGACAUGGAACAGAACCUCCAAAUGUUACCAUUGAUCAGAUGUUGGAGAAUCUGAAUGCAUAUCUGGACAAAAGGCUGGGACUGAGGAAGUGCCAUGAUGACAUCUGCCAGAAGUACAGCAUCAAGUACUCAGAGAGUGGACUAUGGGCUUUGCCGGACAUUAAAAGGGCUUAUGGAAAGAUGCAGCGCUUAAGGACAUACACCAACAGAGAUGGCUUGUCUGUAAUUUUGCUCAAACAAAUUCGACAGCAUCUACAGAGAUGUGAAACUGACAAAUUACAACAUGAGAAAAAAGCAGAGAAAGCAAAGGUUCGAGCACUGGCUGAACAAUUACAGACUGUAAAGAAGGACAAAGAAAGACUGUUACAUCAGAAUGACAAGUUGUUAACUUUGCUCUCCAAACGACUGGAAUCAAAAGCUUCAAGCAGCUCUGAUAACAGUGAUGCAGAUAUCAACACACAUACUGAAAUUACAAAGGACAAACUGAAGGUUAGACUUGCUCCUGUAAUUAUUAAGAACAGAAGAACUGAAACUGAAAAUGAAGAGGAGUAUGAGGAAGAUGGUGAACGACGAACUCGCACAGUAAAAAAGGUAAUAAAGAAAUAUGUUCCAUACAGAACAUACCAGCCAGCUACUCCAGAGCAAGUUGACAAAUGGUCAAAAGAAUUGCCAGAUGUGUACAAGCAACCACGGAAAGUAUGGCAAUUUCUUCAACGCUUGCAGAAAAUCUACAAUUUACAUCCAUUGGACAGUGUGAUGAUUGUUAAUGUGAACUUAAGAGACAAUGACCAACAACGACUUACAGAAAGUGUUGAAAGAAGGAUUGGUGAAUCUCAAGAAAACAUUGAAGCUGGAUGGGAAGCGGUUCAAACCUUCUUAUUUGAACUGAAACCUGCAGAGGUUAAUUGGGCUAAAAUUACCUCUUGUGUGCAGAAGACAGGAGAAAGUGUUGCAGAAUUUGAAGAACGCUUCAGACAAACUUGGAUGGAACAUGCUGGUUUGAACAACAACAUUGAAGAACUCUGUGAAGACACUAGCAUCCCUUUUAAAACCAUAUUUGUGAAUGGACUGAAACCUGAGGUUUCUAAAACUCUUAAAAUCAGGUAUGAUGACUGGGACAGCACUGGAACAACAUUUAUGCAGAUUGUAGAAUGGUCAGCAAAGAUUGAAAGAACACAGGAAGUCGAUCUCAGAGUUUUACAAUCCAAAACCUUGUCAUACAACAACAGGACAAUGGGAUACGAAAAAAGUGAAUAUCAGAGACACUCAAGAGAGAAAACUCAGGAAAGAUUUAGACAUUGCAACGAGGAAGGACACUGGAUUCGUGAUUGUAAGCUGAGUUUGAGACAAAGUGAUGACGACCACCUGUUGAAGAGGUUUCAGCAGUUGACAGCCAAACAAAAACAGACUCUGCUAAAUGCUGUGGAGCCACAGGGAAACUGAAGAACCUCUCUCUGCAGCACCAGCUAGUGACAUCUUAUCCAAAAGCUGAUGGACUCCAUGAAACCUCAACAACUGAAGCCACAGAGGAUGUCCUAGUAGACAGUGCUGCUAAACAAGCCGUAAAGGAGAGAGGUAAACAUGCAGCGG